UGAUCAACAAAACAGUGUUGAAGGACAUGAGUAACAACUUAAUCAUGUUAAUAUCAUGCCAAUGGAUAUUUAUAAUACUCACUUGUUACUUGAUGUAUGGGAUAAUGUCAGUGACUAAUGCAGCAGAUUCCUGUGAAACCACUAGGAGGACUGUAGUACGAGUCAACAAAUGUCCAGAAAAUAAAGUUGAGUGGAUGGAGGCAUCUCACAAGAAGAACUGCUCUGCUCUUGCUGGUUUAUGCUCAGAACCAAAAAGAUUUGUCUACCAUUGUGUCUUAAAUCCCUUUGUGAAUGAAACUCUGGAAGUCUGCGCAUAUUCAAGAAAAAUAUUUCUAGGCAGAUGUACGGAGUACACUGUUCGAGGAAAUCUAAUCCAGGGGAGUCGAGAACUCUGUGUAUCAUUUCCAACCUCCUGUCCAAAGAUCUACGCUUCAACAAAUGCAUAUAGAUACCAAGAAUGCUACAAACUAGUUCAGAGACCAACGACAAGCCCAACAACAGCCAUAAAUACACUCAUGCCAUCAGUAGUCAGUAAAGAAGUACCUCUGAACAUUUCAAAGUCUCUAUACAGAAUUACCAGUAUAAACAGAGAUAUUACCAUGGCUACUGUGAAAAUAAAUAGAGACAGAGUAGAAAAUGAUGACAAUAGUGAAAUCAUCAUUAUUGUAUGCUGUGCUUCUGUACUUCUGCUGGUCCUUACUAGUUCCUUUUUGCUGUGGAAAAAGAGAUGCCCUAAACAACAUGAUGGCACUUGCAUUUCAUCUAAAGAAAUUCAACUGGAACCAAAGGAAUCCGACUUAAACGAGUGUUCAGAACUGAUGCUUAAUGGGACUGUAAAAAAUUGGAGUAUAAAAAAUAAUCCAGGUUGAGCUUGAUUACUUUCAACAAACAUCAAACAACUCCAUUGACUUUUAACCAUAUACCAUGCAACAUUUUUAUUGGCCGCGGAAUAAUUGCGCCUUCAAUUACACUGUAAACACUGUAAAUAUAUGUUUUUAAUUGUGGAAAGUAUGAACAUUAUGCAAAAAGCUGUAUACAUUAAUGUCUAAAUUAAUGGGUUUGUUGUUUUUAUUCAGAAAUAUGUGAUUUUCAUAUAUAAUGGUCUCAGAUUCCAUUUUUAGCUCACCUGAGCCGAAGGCUAAAG